GUGUCAAAUCCUAUUUUCUGAAAAUUAAUAUAAAAAAAAAAAAAGCUUUUUUAAGAAAUAGGAGAAAAGCUGCCCAAAAACCAAGGAGAGAGAAGAAUGACUACUCCCCUAAAGCUUUUGCUGCCUCUGAAUACCGUCCUUUGUUCUUCAGAUUUCCCUCCAAAACCUUCAAAAAUCUUCUCCGAUAACUCUAAUUUUUCAUCCAGAAACUCUGAUCUCUUCAAGUUAUAUCCCAUUUCUUCAUCUUCUUUGUUCACUAGAUGGGUCAGAGUAAAGGGAUACCCGCAGUACCUGAGAUGCUCGAAGAUGUGGUUUUGUGGAUAUUCAAUGAAGGAUCAAGAUAUGGGUAGCUGGAGGAGUGAAGGGGAAAACAGGGGAAGCAUGUUUGGAUCUGAUGAAGAGAUAGGUACACAAGUUCCAACCCAAGUUCAAUCGCUUGUUGAAGGUUCAGGGUCAAUGGUUGUGUCAGAGUUCAAGCCUGUCACUGAUGUUGACUAUCUACAGGAGCUGUUGGCCAUUCAACAACAAGGGCCAAGAGCAAUUGGCUUCUUUGGAACGCGGAAUAUGGGUUUUAUGCACCAAGAACUUAUUGAGAUCCUCAGCUAUGCGAUGGUUAUAACUAAAAACCAUAUUUAUACAUCUGGAGCAUCAGGGACGAAUGCAGCUGUCAUUAGAGGUGCCUUAAGAGCUGAGAAACCGGAACUGCUUACUGUUAUCUUACCCCAAAGUCUGAAAAUGCAACCUCCUGAAAGCCAGGAAUUGCUGUCCAAGGUUAAGAAUGUCAUUGAGAAACCCCACAACGAUCAUCUGCCUUUAAUCGAAGCCAGCAGAUUAUGUAACUGGGACAUCAUCUCGCGUGUACAGCAGGUCAUUUGCUUUGCCUUCCAUGACAGUAAGUUGAUCAUGGAAACAUGUCAAGAAGCAAAGAACCUCAGGAAGAUUGUGACUCUCUUCUACUUGGAUUGAGGUGGAGAAACAGGUCUUUUUGUUCAUACAUUGUUAGAUAUAGUCCUUACAUUAAUAAGUGGAAGAAGGAAUGAUUGUUCUUUUUACAUUGGAUUAUCAAGGAUACGGGGGGCCUAUUUGUUCCUCUUUCCUUGAUUGAGAGGGAGGAAGACUGUUUAUUUAUCAUUGAUUUCAUUUUAAGAAAUGGAAGAAAAUAUGCUGGAAGAAA